CCUGUCUCUCUCUCAGGAUGUGAAGUGGGUGGUGGAGAAGCAGGCGUUAUACCAGAGGAACCAGGAGCUUGUGGAGAAGAUAAAGCAGAUGGAAGGUGAAGACCUGCGGCUGAAAAAUGACAUCCAGGACGUCAAAGAUCAGAACGAGCUGCUGGAGUUCCGGAUCUUAGAGCUGGAGGAGAGGGAGCGACGCUCACCUGCCAUCAACUUCCAACAACUCCACUUCCCAGAAGAACUCAGUCCUCUGCAGAUCUACUGCGAGGCAGAGGGAGUCACUGAGAUUGUGAUCAGUGAGUUGAUGAAGAAGCUGGAUAUUCUGGGAGAUAACGCCAAUCUGUCCAAUGAGGAGCAGGUGGUGGUGAUCCAUGCCAGGACGGUGCUCACUCUGGCAGAGAAGUGGUUGGAGUCCAUCGAGGUGACGAAGUCGGCUCUGCAGCAGAAGAUGUUGGACAUUGAGAGCGAGAAGGAUCUGUUCAGUAAACAGAAAGGUUACCUGGAUGAAGAGCUGGACUACAGGAAGCAGUCAAUGGAUCAGGCUCAUAAGGCUGCACAGCCCAACAACAGAUAUCCUGAUCCCGGGAUGACCGGCUUUAGGAAGUCUAGAUCGGCAUAA